AUGAGCGGAGUGAUCGGAUGCGGACAACUCAGCACCAUUCAACAUGGAUCCUUUACUAUCGAGUCUUGUGGCAGCCCAUCUGAAGAAAUUGCUAAAAGAAGCAAUGCUAGCUGCAUUCAAGAUGAAAGCUAUGCAUUUUCGAGCAUCGUUAGAUACAGAUGCGAGAAAUAUUAUGAACUUCAGGGACCGGAAUUCAGAAGAUGUGCGGAAGAUGGAGAAUGGACAGGACCCACCCCGUUUUGUAAGCCAGUAUGCGGAAAGAAGGCAAGUCAAAUUCAACUAUCCGCAGGAGGAAAUCCAUCUGAAAUUGGAGAAUGGCCAUGGCAAGCGGCCAUUUAUGACAUCAAGAUUGGAGAUGUUACAUAUGGAGGGGCUCUCAUUAGGGAAGAAUGGGUGCUAACAGCUGCCCAUUGUGUCGUUGUAGAUGGUACCAUCAGAACUCGGCACUCUGAAGAAAUUUUUGUGUACCUUGGGAAGCAUUACCGAUCUUACAUAAAAAUAGACGAACACGUGUCUCACAUCAUCUUGCACACGGAAUUCAACUUUUAUAAUAACUACGACUCGGAUAUAGCUUUAUUGAAACUAAGAAGACCUGCUGUUCUAACGGCUCGAGUUCAGUUGGUAUGCCUCCCGAACCGAUUUGAUUUAUCUGAGGCAAACCUCGACAGUGGAGUGCCAGGAUGGGUGGCCGGUUGGGGUUAUGACGAUUCGGAUGAACUCGCCGCUGUCCUGACGGAGGUUCAACUCCCGGUGAUAUCCAAUCGCGAAUGUGUUCGGGACACCCGUCAUUUCACGGAAGACCCCAGCGUCACUCGUACCCUCACCUCAAAUAUGUUCUGCGCUGGUUUUUCCGUGGAUACUCCUAUUAAAGAUUUUCGAACAGUGUGUGAAGGGGAUUCGGGGAGUCCCAUGGUCUUCUUCUCCAAUACAUCACAUGACGGCCACUGGACGAUGGAAGGGAUCGUGAGUCACUUUUUCCAGAAAGGUGCUUGUUCCAUGAGACGCCCUGGGCAGUAUGGCAUAUUCACCAAAGUUAAUAGGUUCACCCAGUGGAUAAGCAGGGUAAUACAUAGUGGUUUCUGACAAAUCACAAUUGAUUCAACUAUAUGCAAAACCUUGACAACC